GGAGGGGGAAAGGCACGGGCGCCAGCCGCCGCCGCGCUAAAACCACCCACCCGAGAGUAGGUUCCACCACCCUUCUUUUCCACAGUGCCUAACCGGGACCCAGGAGAACCGAAUAUGAAUUCAACUGAAUUAUUUGAUGUUGAAAACAACGAUGAAGUUAUUAAAAAUAUCAUGAAAGUAGAAACAGGCAAAGAAGAUGAAGUCCUAGAUUGUUCUGUGGUCUCAAGAUCUGAAAAAAACUCACUGGGGAGUUUAGUGUCCUGCCAACAAGACACCAACAAACGAAAAAGAACUUCAUUUGGUUGUGAUGGUUCAGUAAGCCACCAAGAAACAACUGUGAAAAAAAGAGGCCUUAUACAAGAGGGUGUUCUUUCAAGCAUGAAGAAUAGAGAUGGGUCACCUACUCAGGAAGAUGUUGAGCAGCCAAACAAAAAUAAUAUUCCCAAUGUAACAUGGCUUUGUGAAGAAGCCACUUCGAAUAACACAAUCAUGCCAUCAUAUAAAAAACCUCUCUAUGGGAUCUCUCACAAAAUUACAGAGAAGAAGAAUUUGCCAGGAACAGAACAAUUCAUUUCCUAUGAGUUGUUUGAAAAGGUUAAUCCUAGCAGUCCAUCCAAUCUUCGAACUUUGAACGAGCAACGAAAAAGAGAUAGUAUUACAGCUUCUCCAUCAGAGUCUGAUCCAAACAUAUACUCUUUGAUACAAAAAAUGUUCUAUACUCUAAAUACCUUAAAUUCCAAUAUGACUCAGCUUCACAGCAAAGUAGACUUGUUAUCAUUAGAAGUCAGUAGAAUUAAAAAGCAUAUCAGCCCCACAGACACUGUUGCAGAAUUUAGGCCACCUCCUGAGUAUCAGCUGACUGCCUCAGAACUCAAGCAAAUCAUGGAUCAGAGUACAUCUGGUGGAGAUUUGGCUUGCCGUUUACUAGUACAGCUUUUCCCAGAGCUCUUCAGUGAGGAUGAGUCAAAUAGGACCUGUAGUACCUGUGGGUGUCUUAACAAAAAGAAACUUGAGUCACUACAUCUGCAACUUAUCCAAAAUUAUGUGGAAGUUUGUUAUCCUUCUGUGAAGAAUCCUGCUAUUUGGCAGGCAGAGUGUUUGCCUCAGGUGAAUGACUUUUUCAAUAGUUUCUGGGCUCAAAGAGACAUGGAAAAUAGUCAGCCCUCUAGUUUUUAUGAUACUGAUCAGGCCAUUGAUGGCAAGGAGGAGGAAGACACUCUACCUAUGGACAGUUCCAUUGCCUCGGAAUGGGUUUUUGAUGCUCAGGACCUAAAUGAAUUUUUAGAUGAAGCUUCUUCUCCUGGAGAAUUCUGUGUGUUUUUGCUACACAGAUUGUUCCCUGAACUCUUUGAUCACAGAAAGUUGGCUGAGAAAUACAGUUGUUAUGGAGAAUGUGGGAAACAAGAGCUUGACCCUCAGCGACUGCAAGUAAUCCGCAGGUACACAGAAAUUUACUUUCCUUCUAUGCAGGAGAGGAAGGCCUGGUUACAGCAUUGUGUUCAACGAAUAAAUGAUGAACUUGAAAGCAUGUCCAUGGAUGACAGUGAGAGUGAACAGAUGAGAGAUGGUUGCUACGAUUCUUAUAGCUUGCCUGAUGAUGUUUCUGUUAUAAAAGUCGAAGAUAAUUUUGAGUAUGAAAGGCCAGGUAGAAGGUCAAAAAAGAUUUGGCUCGUGCCUAUAGACUUUGAUAAGCUUGACAUCCCUCUCCCUGAUUUUGAUGUUUCUAUCCCAGACUAUCUGUUAAGCAAAGAACAGCUUAAGAAUAUAUAUGAAAGCAGCUUGUCUAUAGGCAAUUUUGCUUCUCGAUUACUUGUUCAUUUAUUUCCUGAAUUGUUUACUCAUGAAAAUUUAAGGAAGCAAUAUAAUUGUAGUGGCUCUUUGGGCAAGAAACAACUUGACCCCAUUAGGAUUAAAUUAAUUCGACAUUAUGUGCAAAUGUUAUACCCAAGAGCAAAGAAUGACAGAGUGUGGACACUGGAAUUUGUUGGGAAGCUUGAUGAGAGAUGUCGUCGUAGAGAUACUGAACAGAGACGUUCAUACCAAUUGCAGCGAAAAGUUCAUAUGCCAGGACCUGAAAGGAGAGAAUUUCUGACCUAUGCAAUAAACCCAGAAAGAUUUAAAGAAGAAUUUGAAGGACCGCCAUUGCCUCCAGAAAGAAGCAACAAAGAUUUUUGCAAGAUACCACUUGAGGAACUUGUUGUUCCUUCUCCAGACUUUCCUGUGCCUUCUCUGUAUCUGCUCUCUGAUAAAGAAGUAAGAGAGAUAGUACAGCAGAGCCUUUCAGUUGGUAAUUUUGCUGCCAGACUUCUAGUAAGGCUUUUUCCAGAGCUCUUUACUUCAGAUAAUCUCAGACUGCAAUACAACCAUUCAGGGGCUUGUAAUAAAAAGCAGCUUGAUCCAGUCAGGCUGAGACUAAUCCGUCAUUAUGUUGAAGCUGUUUAUCCUGUUGAGAAAAUGGAUGAAGUAUGGCAUUAUGAAUGUAUACCAAGUAUCGAUGAAAGAUGUAGACGUCCCAAUAGAAAAAAGUGUGAUAUACUGAAAAAAGCCAAGAAAGCAAAAAGUAAUGGGAUUGUUAAAGUUUCCAAAGAUGUUGACCACUAAUUUUUUUUAAAACGAG